UUUAUGGCGGCGUGGGCGGGGCCUGCUGCUCUCCGCGCGCCGGUUCCGGUCUCGCGGCGGGCGCGAGCGUUGCGGGGCCUCAGCGAGCCGCGCUGCCCGGGAGCAUCAUGGCUGCGGCCGCGUGGAUGCCUACGGUUUCUCGAUUGCUAGGUGCUUUCAAAAACCAAAAACAGGUGACCAGAAGUUUUAGUAGUGCUGUACAAACAGUAACUUUAAUCCCAGGAGAUGGCAUAGGACCUGAAAUUUCUGCUGCUGUCAUGAAGAUCUUUGAUGCUGCCAAAGCUCCUAUUCAGUGGGAAGAGAGGAAUGUUACAGCUAUCAAAGGACCAGGAGGGAAGUGGAUGAUACCCCCAGAUGCCAAAGAAUCCAUGGAUAAAAACAAAAUGGGAUUAAAAGGGCCUUUAAAGACGCCAAUUGCUGCCGGGCACCCAUCAAUGAACCUGCUGUUGCGUAAAACCUUUGACCUUUAUGCAAACGUACGUCCCUGCGUCUCAAUUGAGGGGUACAAAACCCCAUACACAGAUGUGAACAUUGUCACCAUUCGGGAGAAUACAGAAGGCGAAUACAGUGGAAUUGAGCACGUGAUUGUGGACGGUGUUGUGCAAAGCAUCAAGCUGAUCACAGAAGCAGCCAGCAAGCGGAUUGCAGAGUUUGCUUUUGAGUACGCCCGAAACAAUCAGAGAAGCCACGUUACUGCUGUGCACAAGGCAAAUAUUAUGAGAAUGUCUGAUGGGCUUUUCUUGAGAAAAUGCAGAGAGGCAGCAGAAAACUGUAAAGAUAUUAAAUUUAAUGAAAUGUAUCUGGAUACUGUGUGUCUGAAUAUGGUUCAGGAUCCAUCACAAUUCGAUGUGCUUGUAAUGCCCAACUUGUAUGGUGACAUCCUCAGUGAUUUGUGUGCUGGACUGAUUGGGGGGCUUGGAGUAACACCCAGUGGAAAUAUUGGUGCUAAUGGAGUUGCGAUUUUUGAAUCGGUUCAUGGAACAGCACCAGACAUUGCAGGAAAAGACAUGGCAAAUCCAACUGCCCUCCUCCUGAGCGCUGUGAUGAUGCUGCGCCACAUGGGACUGCACAAACACGCCACUAAAAUUGAGACAGCUUGCUUUGAUACAAUUAAAGACGGAAAGGUCUUGACGAAAGACUUGGGAGGUAGCGCCAAGUGUUCGGAAUUCACAGAGGAGAUCUGCCGCAGAGUCCGGGACACAGACUAAACUCUUCUCGUCCUCCUUGUCGUAACUCCAAAGGACACAUCAUGCAGAGUACAUUAUGUAUAACCUCAUGUCCAAACGCAUACGGUUUGUCUCUUAAGAGGGCAAACUUUUUCGUUAAGGCCCCUCCAUUAAUAAAUUUACUCCAAAUGGCUACAAAAGAUGCUUGUGCCUGCUUUCAGUGGACUUUUCGAAGUGCUUUGUCUUAUUUAUUUCUAUCAUCUGGUGAACGUUUUUAUGUAAGUGAAGUCUCUUAUUGCCACUGUAAUUGUCUACUAUUUUCCAUUUCAACUGGAGGUUUUUACUUUCCGCAAUGAAAAAUUAUGCAAAUAAACCAGUAACAGAAUUAGUGAAAUGUAAAAGCACCUUAAUGGUUAAAACCUACUUUAUUGAACUUACUGAAAUUUAGAAGAUAGGUUUUCAGCCUAACAAUAGCACAAGAUGACCUUCAUCAACAGAAACGGGUAUAAAAUAACUUAAAAUAGCAAUUUCAUGUUAAAAGCAAUCCAAAAGCCACUGUAGAUACUCUGGUGAAUCACGAAAUAUAGCCUUGCCCUCCGAGGGCACAAAUAAAGAAAUGCAAAAUUCUAGAGAUUUAGUCUAUUUGUGUAUUUUUAAGAGCCCACAACCGUUAACCAGCAUGGGCUGACACUUGAAGUAAAAACUAUUUUUCAAAUCUGUCUACCAAAAUAACUCUUACAAGUUUUCCUCUCUCAAACACACUUUGCAACAGAGUUCUAAUGAGAUUAAAUUAUACAAAAUUACUUCUGCCAUGUAUUGUGAGGGGAAAGUAUUAACUUUGCAAAUUUAUACUGAAUAUCUGAUUACUUCUGCUAGAAAGCUUUUUGUGUUGUACUUUUAUGCAUAGGCUGUUCAGUGUGUCCUACUGUAUUGGCUGGUCAUUUUCUUCUAGAAACUCUGAAUGUAAGGGACUGGUCCUAAGUGGAUUAAGACAAAUUGAAGGUUUGGCUCUGGUGCCUAUAUUCCAGAAAUGCAUUUCAUCCCUAUUCAAUGAGACUGGAGACUAUUUUUUUCCCUGCUUACUAAGCUUAAUGGGUGCAAAAGCAAAUCUGUGCCCUCCCUUCUUCAUCACCUACAGAUCAUCCUACGAGACAUUCUGAUCUGUAUGUCUUAAGGUAUGCUGCCACCCGACGAGAAAAUGUGUAUUUUAAAACUCGUGACUAUAGCACAAGAUUGUCCCUACUGCCAGAACCAGGCUUCUUAAAGCUGAAUUCUAUUAAUAGAUAUUACACCACUUAGUUACUUUCUAUUAAGAGUGGUUGUUUCGGAAGUAAAACCAAUUUAGAGUAAGUUCUGGCAUCACUGCAUGAGGUGAGCAUCCCAGGGUUUUUUGUAGUCUAAGAGCCUGUUGGAGGAGGGACAAUGAGCUUUAUUCCUCCUGCACACUGCUUGUGGUGAACAGGGCAACAUUUCUUUCUGUGUUUUACAAGCUGCUGCUUCCUUGUUUCCUUUAGAUUAAUAUUGUUAAAGAACUUAUGAAUUACCAUCAACGCACAAAAUGGGGAAAAAUAAACUUUUCCAAGUCCUA